AUGGACCGCAUGGGCACUCGGGCCGGCGAACCACAGCUCCUACCUCCGGCCGCGCUACCGACGUACACGGGUUACGACGACCCGAAAUCAGUGGCUGACUUCCUAGAGGAAAUGGACAGGUAUGUCAGAGCGACCGGUGCCUCGGAAGCGCACGUGAUGGCUCGAAUCCUGCCGUUGGCCUUACGGGAUGCCGCAGGACGGUGGUGGAGGCUACAAACGCCUUUCACCACUUGGGCAGAAAUUGAACAACGCUUCCGAGAGGAAUUUCUGCCCCCUGGGUACGAGCUGCGAGUCCAGCGUGAGCUCGAACUAAGAACCCAGCAUCCGGACGAAAGUUUGCUCGAGUACGUCCGGACGAUGCAGGAACUGCAUCGCCGAGCAGCACCGACUGCCUCGGAAAGGGACCAAGUAGCUCGGGUCAUUCGACAGAGUCAUCUCAGAUUCAGGCCAUUUCUUUAUGGGCGCACAUUCGAAACCCUUGAGCACCUCGCACGGGAGGCAAGCGGUGUACAAGACGCCCUGUUAACUGACAGCACUUACGUGCCACCGCCAGCGCCGCAAUCUGCUCUUGAGCCGUCACUGGCUUGGCGCGCCCCCGUAGCCAGUCCCUCAUGCGACCUCACGAGCCCAGGCACAUUCACGGCUAUCUCCUCCCGCGCCCUGGACCCCUUCGCACAUGAACAGACGCCAGCGAUUACGGACUUGGCGCAGUACUUCUACAGGAAUGCGCAGGUGCUUUGA